AUGGCCUCCCCAACCCUCAUCACCCCCAAUUCCGCCACCCCUAAACCCACUACUCCGCCUCUCAUCCGCUCCAGAAUAAUCGCCUCAGCCUCACCCUCCGCCUCCUCCGCCGCAGCCUCUACCGCCUCCCGCCGCAAUUUCCUCUCCCUAUCCGCCGGCGCGGCCCUGCUGUUACCUCCCCUGGCCCGUGCGGCCUCCUCUGAAGAGGAAUACGUGAAGGAGACGGCGGAGGUUAUUGACAAGGUAAGGAACACCAUAACCCUCGAUAAGACCGACCCCAGCGUCGCCGCCGCUGUGGCGGAGCUCCGGGAGACGUCCAACGCUUGGGUGGCCAAGUACCGGCGGGAGAAAACGCUGUUGGGCCGGGCUUCGUUCAGAGACAUGUACUCGGCUCUAAAUGCUGUUUCGGGACACUACAUUAGCUUCGGCCCAACCGCCCCAAUCCCGGCUAAGAGGAAGCAGAGAAUCUUGGCGGAGAUGGACACUGCAGAGAAGGCUCUACCAGCGUUGAACGGCGGUCGUGGACCGCCCGAAGCCAAACUCGGCGACCGGAACCCCCACUUGCGGCCGCCAGAGUUGCUGGUGCUUUUCCUUCCGGUCGGCGAUGACAAAACCCCCGCUCGAGGCUGUCGGAGCUGCUGCUGCUUCUUUCGGCCUACGACGCUGAAGCCCCCACCCGUGGCCAGUGAGGCCUUCUUGUGGCCGCCGUCCCAACGUUCAUCCAAUCCCAACUAUCUUCUCGUCUGA